GCACGCGAAUUGUUUUUACGUGCACGUGAAUUAUUAAUGAGACUGAUCUAGCUCCAUAUUUCGUCGCGCUUAAAAUUGGCUCGCGCUACAGUCACUAGGCGCCAGGGAUGUCAUGUGACGUCAAAGAGGCUAUAUUCUAUAAUUCGAAAUUUCUAUCGAACUUCUCAUCAGAAUUCUGAUCUCAGCGCAGGUCGAGGAAGCAGGAGCAAAGAGACAUGAUUUUACUCCGAGCGCGUUGAGAGAACGAGUCUUUUCUUUAUUGUGAACAAGUUCAGUGAGAAUUCAAAAAAGCAGCAUUUUGGGUGGAAGGAUGAGAAGGUGUCUUUUUCAGUACCUGUGACACCUACAGAAAGGUAAGCUACAUUACAGCUCAGAAACUCCAACAGAGACCCUGCAAACUGUCUCUGUGAAACUGUUACCGGGGUCCACCCCGGGGCAAACCUCAAAAACAAACAAGAGAUCUCGCCUAACUUCAAUGGAAACAACAAAUACACAUUUACAAAACUCACUGAGGAUCAAGUCAAUGAUUGUGGAAAGGAACAACACUACACUGUAUGUGCAAGAAAAGGAGACUAUAGCAAGGAAGGAGACGGCCUUAAAUAGGCUUAAUGUGAAAACGGUUAAAACAAAGCCAACCUCAAAAUUCCCAGGGACGAAAUACACAAGGGCCAAAGAGGUCUGUGUGAGGACAUAUUUACAAAGCUCAGAAGGGACCAGGAAGAAGAUGACCCUGCCUUGCCAAGAAAGCAAGGCUUCAGAAAGGACGGAGGAAAGGAAGGAAACAAUCCCACACAAACUGGAGAGCGAAAUGGCAGAGCUCAAUGAGGAACUGGAGGAGCUGAACGUUUCUUCCUACAUGGAAUUGACCAAACGUGUGCCAUAUGCAUGUGCAUUCAGUUCCAAUGAGAUGAUGCCUGAGGGAAGCACAAAGAGUCCGAAUCCAACUGCCUCUGGGGGAACCAUACAGAGUCAGUGUCGAACUCCCUCUGAUCGAAUCAUAAACAUCAUGACUUCAAUUUAUACUCUGUUCUCUGACACAGACUUUGACUCAAAACUGCUCCCUGGAGGGUUGCCUAAUUUUGGAAGCAACUGCUACGUUAACGCAAGUCUGCAGUGUCUGUUCACCGCCGAGAGCUUCUGCAGAGAGCUCUCCGACCUGCUGGACAAUUCUACACACACACUGGAGUACUCAUUCCUCAGAUGUUUUGUGGAGUUGUCCAGGUUGAGAAACAGCUCUGAAGUUCAAGGUGACAGCGACAUGAGUUUGUUCCUCCAGGCCCUGAUUAUAUCAGCUACAGAAUACAACCCAGAAUUCACCAUCGACAUCCAGAAUGACGCCCAUGAAUUCCUCUGCUACUGUCUGACCCAAAUGGAGGAGUCUGGGCGAAAGCUGGGUUGGCAAGAGGAUGUGAACCCUAGAUGUCCAGUCACGUCCAAUUUCAAGUUCAAGAUGAGGAACAUUAUAACCUGCUACAGCUGUGGAUCCCAACAGAACAACAACGUGGAAGUGUUUAACCACGUCUCUGUGCCCCUGAAGCACGACUCAGUGGACCGGUGCCUCUCUGACGUAGUUCAUAAGCGGACAUUGUUAGAGAGCAAGUGCAAGGUGUGUGGAGGAGACUCUGCCAGCUCCAGGUGGAUGUUCCACACUCUGCCCAGGUUUCUGAUUCUGCAGUUGAACAGGUUCAGGAUGACGGAAUAUUACACAGUGCAAAAGGUGGAGACGCCAGUGGACAUCACACCUGAGCUGCAGAUAAACUGCUUUCCUCAGUCAGACACGCCCGGAAUAGAGAAUAGCAGAGCUGAGGCCAGAGAGACAGACAGAAAUGAACUGGGUGGAUCAACCUCUACCUAUCGACUGAUCAGUGUCCUCAACCACAUUGGAAGGACAGCAUGCUUUGGACAUUAUGUGAGUGACUGUUCCAGUCACAAUUCUCACCAGUGGAAGAUUUAUAACGACCAUCUGGUUAGGCUGACCAGCGAGACGGACGUGUUAGAGAGGAGGUCGACCAGCGCCUAUGUGCUCCUCUAUGAGAGAGUGAGCACUGGCUGAAGCCCUUUCUCUUCUCCAGAAAGCUGCGAGAAGAUGGAGUUGUGGUGAGAGGUGUCAGAUUGAUGACCUCAGUGGUUCACAGUGUGCCUAAACGUCAGGGUGUGACCGACGUCCAGAUAACCGAUGAAGAUAUUCUUCUGACGCACAGCCAUAUGUGGAAAUUUUCUAAAUGUAUCUAUGCUUCAACCAGUCAGAAUCAUUCGACCUGACGUAAUGACUAGCUUAGUGAUUGUGUGAAAGUAUAAUUGUUGAUGUAAAGAGUGUGUACGCAGAGCGGCCUACGAACUCCUGGCUGAGUGUGAACAUGACCUCUGCUUGAUGAAACUGCAAACCAUUUUUUCUAGAAAAUGUUCUUCAAUUGAUUGCAUCUCUUGACUCCUGGUCUUCAUUCAUCAUAUCAGGUCAUUGGGUCUUAAACUGUAAAUUCCCCUACAAGUCCUAUACGAUCCGUAAUAUAGUUUUUCCUGUCUGACUUUGGAGCAGGUGCAUUACGUAGGUGAUAAUGGUGUAUUGCACACGAACACAUAAGCCUAGUUUAGUUUAUUGAACGACAGUUACACCUGGAACUAGCAUUCAUCGCUUUCAUCCAGUGAAAAGCUCUACUGUAUAAAUACAUGUCGAAAAUAUUUACAGACUUAUUGGCCACUUUAUUAGGAACACCUGUGCACAUCAUUCAAUUAGCCAAUCAUAUGACAGUAGCGCUAUUGUAUAAAUUCCUACAGCUACAGGUCUUGAGUGUUAGGUAAA